AUGACACAAAAUUCAAGCCAAGGCAGCCAAAAGUCAAUAUUCCAACAGAAGGAUCUCGAAAAGUCUCAUGAUCUUCUCACAUGCACAAUCAAGGAGCCACCAUUCUCAUAUGUACACCUGCAACUUGUCAGCCUCAGCGGCACAUCAUCUGCCACACUUGACAAUCUUUCGCUCAAGAGCUACUGCACAACUGCUCUUCGCCGAUGUCUGGGAAUGGUAGGAACUGCAAUUUCUAUGGAUAUCCUUAAAAUCGACAACGACCAUGCCUGGGUCCGUGUUCCAAGACCAGACCUUGGCUCCUUUGCAACAGCAAUCACAGCAUGGCAAGGCACAACGGAUGAUGGCGAGCAAGUAAGCCUACAACUACGACAAUGCUCAGACUGGCUAGGCGCCAUGGUUGGAGCGGACGGGCAAGAUCGAUUAUGGAAUGCUUGA